UCGUAGUGUUGCGGUGGCGCGGUGCGACUGGGGCGCAAUGAGCCGUCCUCGGCCGGCGGAGCACUGGGUUGCCUGAAGUGGGCGCUCGCGCCCGUAGGAAAACGCCGGCACUCGGCUUAUCUGGCCGUCACUUUACCCUCGCCUACGCCUGUGUGUCGACCGCGAGAAGCUGCGAUCGGAGGCCGUUGCGUGGAUUCCAAGCUCGUCCAUCUAUUGCGCGGAUUAAUCUUGUCCGAACGUGAUCCUGGAUUUGGCGUUCUGUUGUGUGCUAGCGACCGCGAACGUCGCUGUCGCGGUCUUGUGAACUUGCCCGCCAACUGAUUAUUGCGGAAACACCACUCCGCUCACUCUCUUCUACAUCGUUUUUUUUCCUUCUUUUAACUAAUCUUUCCCAUGCUACCAGACAUACCUGUAACCUGAGCCUUAUAUGUCCACUGUGACCAGCAUGCCGCCUGCUAUGGACAGUUCAUCCGAAGUGGAAUACGGUUUAUGGAACCAACUGCGGUGGAUUACUUGUACGAUACCUUGGAAGGCCUGAACCUCGCUCAGUGAUGUUGGCAGACCUACACGCCUUGACUGGAUGCUAACUCAUCACCAAGGAUGCUAUCGCACAAAGCAGAUGGCUGCAUUGUUCCUGGUGCUCAUAACAGUGCAUAUUUCCAUUCUAUUGGUCACCGAUGCAGUGAAUCCAGGUUGUAGCUGCGUACUGUUCGACAGCAUGUACGGAAAGGAGCACGGCAUCUUCACCUCCCCGAACUGGCCGACUCCCUACGAGAAGAACACCAACUGCCUGUUGUACACGUUUGUGGGUGAGCCGAGCGACAUCGUCGAGCUCACUUUCGACGAGUUCGAUGUCCAGAAGGAAGCGGAAGAGUGCCUGAGCGGGGACUUCGUGCGUCUGUUUCUCCAUCUGAACGGGACAAGCGUGGACGAAGCGACUUCCUCGAACUCGGUGUUGUGUGGCACCGAAGUCGACAUCGAGCAAGUUCACUACUCGGCCGGCAGAGCGCUCGUGUUCGAGUUCCACUCGGACGGCAAACACGGUGACAACACCGGGUUCAGAGGCACCUACCGCUUCAUCAAGAAAAACAUGUAUAGAGUGGACGGCGUCGCCGUUCCCAACACGACGUGUAGCUACAGGUUCGCGAGCGCCAAUCGCACAGAGGGUCACGGCCACUUCUACUCUCCGCUCUACCCGUCCACGUACCCGAAGAACGUGCGCUGCCUGUACAACUUCAUGGCGCGCUUCAACGAGAGAGUACGCAUCACAUUCGAGAAGAUUCGGCUUCAACAGGGUGACUACAGCUGCUUGACGAGUCCUGACGCGAUCAUCGUCUACGACGGCAAAGAUCUGGCAGCGCGGGUGAUCGCUCAGUUCUGCAACACACACUACUUCGUCGAGCUUCUUUCGACAGGGCCGGACAUGAUGGUCGAGUUUGUGAGCCGGAGCCAGUCUCCCGGCCAGGGAUUCAAGGCCACCUACCACUUCGAAGAGGAGCUCCACUACGCCGAAGGAGGACCGUCUUCCGAACUCCUGCAGGCUUGGCUCUCCAGUUGUGCUUCGACGCCCCCAUCAUGGUCUCCAGUUCAAAGUCUAGAUCGCCAAGUAGAAACUACCGACACACCUUUCUACACGACGCCAGGCCCAGGGUCCGGCUGCGACCAGCUGUUCAGUAGCACAGCGUCAAGAAACGGGACGUUCUCGAGCCCCGGCUACCCUGACGGAUACCCCGCGGACACCCGCUGCACUUACCACUUCAGCGGCGAAGGCAUCGAGAGGGCGCAAGUCGUCUUCCUCGACUUCGACUUGUAUCAGCCCGAUGACUCGUACCACACGUGCGAGGCAGCGGACGCCGUGGCUGUGUUCGUCUCGAUUAACGGCCAACGCGACAAGGUGGACAGUUUUUGUGGCAGUGACAUGCCCAACCAGGUGAUGUCGACGGGCCGGAACCUGACGCUCGAGUUCCGGUCGUUGCAGAGCACAGGAAACUCAACGGCCAGAGGGUUCCGGGCGGCGUACCAUUUCGUGACAGACUUCGGCAUACCGUCAGGCAAGCAGGACACGUCCUUUGCAUGUGGCUUCGCCUACAAUAGCAGUGACUCGACGAACGGCAGCUUCGCGUCUCCCAACUGGCCCGGCAUGUACCCCAGGGACACGGAGUGUCAUUACUUCUUCUACGGGGUACCGGGCGAGAAGGUGUUCAUAGAAUUCGCCUACUUUGACAUCGAAGGCCUGCCACCAUGCACAGCUGAGACGGCGAGCGACUACGUGGAAUUCUCGAGUGCCCGAACACCGGACCACAAAAUUCCUCGCCAUUGCGGCAUGCAGAAACCACCGAACGUCGAGUCGGAGGGCGAGUUCUUCCGAGUUACGUUCAGGACCAACGACCGCUUCGACGGAACGGGCUUCUCAGCACUGUACCAGUUUAGGAGCGUCAUAGAUCCUUACACAAUCAAAAGGUUCAGGGGAUGCGCAGCGUGUUUACAAGGUUGCACGCAGGUUAUUGCCCUCAUCAUCUUCGCCGAGUUCUUGAGCCUCGUCGAAGCACUACGGUAGCAGCGGUGGCGUUCUAGUGUGGACAGCGGUGUACUUGUGCGGGGCGUCUCGAAUGCCGCAGUGUGAGUCAUGGUGGGAGCAAAGUGGUGCAGUGUGGGGUGCAUUCAGGAAGCACAAGCGAGAAAAUGUGUUUCAAGAACUUUUCAACUUCCGGUGUGUGCGCGACGCAACAUACUGCUCAAGGAAAGCACCGUUCAUCGCUGUGUCCUGCUCAAGGAGCCUACGGCUGCCGAAUGGAUGCGUCGAACAAGCUGCGAAAAGGAUGCCCCGGGUGUUACGACGAUAAAGAAGAAAAAAACUGCCGCGCGCGAGUCACCCACGAUUCGUGGGGCGAGUUGUUGCACUACGCUAAAUGAGCAGAUACGGUGUGUACAUUUUUUAUCUUGUUAUGACUCGGAAGAUGUUACCAGAAGCCGGAAAGGGCUUCACCGUAGAAUAUAUUACGUUUGCUCACACGUCUGUAGAGAUUACCACUUGUCGGUCUCAUAAAGCUUUUGUUUUUAUU